AUAUAUUUGGUGCGAGCCAAAAUCACGGCUACGAACGAGUAACUUUCUUCUUGGUUUCGCACCGCCUUUCCACGGCGGUGCGCCGCUGCCGGAGAAGAGCCCAAAGUCAAAUAAGAGUCAAUAAAGCACGAAUACUUCUGCAGAAGCACAAACACAGAGCCUCGAUAAACUAAAACAAAGAAAAAGAAAACAAAGGCACAAAACCACCACCUUUACUCUAUCCCUCCCUCCCCUGCCAUUUCCAAUUCCAGAAGAAACAUCGGAAUAAGGGUUUCCCAGUUUCACACACACACACUAAAACACGACGUAAAACCAACCCAAUUACAGCCCGGAUUCCUACCAUCUUUUCAGGAAAUCCCGCCUCAAAAAGAUAUUCUUUGCUUUCUUCGAACCUUUAUUUUUUCUUUCCCUUAAAUUUAGGUUGUUGAAGUUGUGUGAGCUGAAGCGCGAGCAAAAGAAAUGGCGACGCUUGGUGAUAUUGGGAUGUCAGCACUGAUAAACAUUCUGAGCGCUUUCGCGUUCUUGCUUGCGUUUGCUUUGCUGAGGAUUCAGCCCAUCAAUGACAGAGUCUACUUUACUAAAUGGUACAUUGAAGGGCGGCGGAGCAGCCCCAGCAGCCGCGGUGGUGGCUUUGUGGGCAGAUUUGUCAAUCUCAAUUUCAGGACUUAUUUAACUUUCCUCAACUGGAUGCCUCAGGCCUUGCAGAUGUCCGAGUCUCAGAUUAUCGACCAUGCUGGCCUUGAUUCUGCUGUUUUCUUGAGGAUUUACACACUUGGGUUGAAAAUAUUUGGACCAAUAGCCAUUGCUGCAAUACUAAUUCUGAUUCCAGUGAAUGCAUCUGGUGGCACUUUAUUUUUUCUGCAGCGCGACUUGGUUGUAAAUGACAUUGACAAGCUCUCUAUAUCUAAUAUUCAUCCCAAGUCCAAUAAGUUUUUCGUCCACAUAGGGCUGGAGUACUUGUUUACAUUUUGGGUUUGUUACAUGCUUUAUAAGGAAUACGAUAGAGUUGCGUCAAUGAGACUAAGUUUUUUGGCUUCAUGCGGCAGGCAUCCUGCCCAGUUCACGGUUCUAGUGCGGAAUGUUCCUCGUGAUUCUGGACGAUCAAUAUCAGAUACCGUUGACAACUUCUUCCAGAGGAACCAUCCGGAUCACUAUCUGUGUCACCAGGGUGUAUACAAUGCUAAAAAGUUUGCGAAACUUGUUAAAAAGAGAAGUAAGCUUCAAAAUUGGCUUGAUUACAACCAUCUGAAGUUUGAGAGAAAUCCGGAAAAGAGGCCUACUAGAAAGAAAGGAUUUCUCGGACUUUGGGGUGAAAGGGUUGAUUCGAUUGACUACUACAAACAGCAAAUUAAAGAUCUUGAUGAUAAAUUGAUAGUGGAACGUGAAAAAGUUAUGAAAGACCCUAAAUCUGUCUCUCGAGCUGCUUUUGUAUCAUUCAAGACGAGAUGGGGAGCGGCUGUUUGCGCACAGACACAACAGAGCAAAAAUCCUACACUUUGGUUGACAUAUUGGGCCCCUGAACCCCGUGAUAUUUAUUGGAAGAAUCUAGCGAUACCAUUUGUUUCCCUAAGCAUUCGUAGACUCAUCAUAUCAAUAGUGAUGUUUGCAUUAGUUUUCUUUUACUUUAUACCUGUUGCUUUUGUCCAAUCAUUGGCGAAUUUGGAAGGACUGGGGAGGGCAGCUCCAUUUCUGAGGCCAAUCCUUGACAGGAAGCUGGUGAAGUCGUUUCUACAGGGUUUCGUUCCUGGUCUAGCUCUCAAGAUCUUUUUGCUUCUUCUUCCUUCGAUUUUAAUGGUUAUGUCGAAGAUAGAGGGCUAUGUUUCUCUAUCAGUAUUAGAACGAAAAACUGCUGCAAAGUACUAUUACUUCAUGUUAGUCAACGUGUUCUUGGGGAGCAUAGCGACGGGAACAGCAUUCCAGCAACUUAACGCUUUUCUUCACCAAUCAGCUACCGAAAUCCCGAGAAAUAUUGGUGUGUCAAUACCGAUGAAAGCUACUUUCUUUAUCACGUAUAUAAUGAUCGAUGGUUGGGCUGGAAUUGCUGGAGAAAUCCUCCGGUUGAAGCCGUUAGCAUUUUUUCACCUAAAGCACAUGUUCAUCGUAAAAACUGAAAGGGACUUGGAGAAGGCGAUGAAUCCUAAGGGUAUCGACUUUCCAGAGACUUUGCCGAGCCUUCAGCUGUAUUUUCUUCUCGGCAUAGUAUACAUGGCCGUUACUCCAAUCCUUCUUCCUUUCAUUCUGGUCUUUUUCGCCUUUGCUUACUUUGUUUAUCGCCAUCAGGUCAUCAAUGUGUAUAACCAGAAGUACGAGAGCGCUGCUGCUUUUUGGCCACACGUUCACAGUCGAAUCAUCGCUAGCUUGGUAGUAUCUCAACUACUUCUAAUGGGGCUAUUGAGCACGAAAAAGGCUGCAAACUCCACUCCUUUGCUUGUAGUUUUACCUAUUCUGACUCUCACCUUUCAUAAGUAUUGCAAGCAUCGCUUUGAACCGGCAUUCCGAAACGAUCCUCUCGAGGAAUCCAUGAACAAGGAUCUAGAAGAUGGUGCUACUGAGUCAGAUGCUGUGUUCAAGUCUCACUUGACCGAUGCGUACUUGCACCCGAUUUUCCACGCCAUCGAAGGAGUCGAGCUGGCUGAAGUCCGAGUCGACAAAAACUGAGGAUUGUGUUCAUCUUUUUGUUGCUGCAUGGAAAUGAAAGGAAUGGAGGUUGAGUUGCAGACUACUUAGAUUUAUUUGUGGCUCUGCUCGAAAUUGUGUACUUCUUUUGCUUUUGCUGCAUCAACUGCUGCGUUUUUUCAUGCGCUCAAUCUAAUUGUGUAGAAAUUGAAUAGCAAGAUUUAAGGGGGAAAUUGUGGUGAUGAAUAGAUAGGAGUAGGUCUAUGUUGUUAUAUACUUCAUGAAUAUUAUAUUUUCGAAUUGUAACAUUAAUCUCAUCGCCAUGUAAAUCUUGAAAAUGGUGGGUUGUUAAUUAGUUGUCUUUUCCGCCUA